AUGGGUUCUAUCGAUAUUCCGAAAACCCAAACAGUCGCCCUUGUGCGUAGUCUUGGUGGAGAAGUUGAAUUCAAAACCGACUACCCCGUCCCCUCACCAGGGCGCAAUGAAGUUCUCGCACAAGUCCUUUACUCCGGUGUCUGCCAGAGUGACACUUUAUCCUGUCUAACUCGAGAAGACCUUCACACCAAGUCUGGUACUGCAGCCGGACCAGACGGAAACCCAAUCACCAAAAUCAAAUUGCCGCAUGUCGGUGGACAUGAAGGAAUCGGGCGAAUUAUCGCGCUCGGUCCGGAUAUCACUCAUGAAACAGGUGUAAAGGUUGGUGGGCUAGUCGGGAUCCGGUUUUCGAGUCGGAUCUGUCGACGCUGCGAAUUCUGUCUUGCGGGUGCAGAGCAGCAUUGUACCAAUGCAACGAACCAUUUACAUCAUGAGGAUGGUAGCUUUCAACAGUAUAUUGCUUUGGAUGCAGACUAUUUGACUGUUCUGCCGGAUGAUGUUGAUCCCGUGGUUAUGGGCCCAGUGUUGUGUGCUGGUUUAACGGCAUAUAAGGCGGUUUUGAAUGCAAAUGUUCGUCCCGGAAACUGGCUUGUGGUUGUUGGAGCAGGAGGAGGCCUUGGACAUUUAGCAGUACAAUAUGCCAGGGCCCAAGGGGCUUUGGUAAUUGGUGUCGACACGGGGCCUGGAAAGGGAGAGUUUGUCCGUGGUCUUGGGGCUCAAGAGUUCAUCGACUUCGCUACCGAGGAUCCCAUCAAGAGGGUCUAUGAGAUUACUGGGCUUGGUGCGCAUGCGGUGGUUGUUACCGCAGGUAAUGCUAAGGCAUUUGCUCAUGCAUGCGAGAUGUUGCGAGUAGGCGGAACGCUGAGUUGUGUGGGAAUCCCUCCUGGACGGCCCUACCUCGAGACGCCAAUUUGCACGAUUGUAAUCAAAGGUCUCAGAAUCACUGGUAAUCUGGUUGGUUCUCUCAAGGAGUGUAUGGAAGCAGUUGAUUUGGUCCGGCGCGGUGUUGUGAAGCCAGUUGUCAAGGUUCGACCAUUCAAGGAUCUGCCGCAGAUCUACGAGGAGAUGGAAAAGGGAGACAUCGCAGGACGUGUUGUGGUCCAGCUAUCUGAGUCUGUUUAA